AUGAUUAUAUCAUCUUUAUUUGUUUUUCUCCAUUCACUCUCACUCCUCCAUUAUUCUCUCUCCCUGCUGAUACCAUUUAAGGAUGCACUAAAAUAUUACACAGUGGUUUUUACUCACCACCAUCUUUUUUCCUCCUCUUUGGCAGAUGCUUACCCUAAUUCUGAAGUGAUCUAUGUGUGGACUAACAGCACCACAACGUCUGUGGUGGUGGCUGAAGAUGGCUCACGACUUAACCAGUACCACCUGAUGGGACAAACUGUAGGAACUGAAAACAUCAGUACCAGUACAGGUGAAUAUACUAUUAUGACAGCCCAUUUUCAUCUGAAAAGAAAAAUUGGUUAUUUUGUCAUCCAAACAUACCUUCCUUGCAUUAUGACUGUGAUCUUAUCACAAGUGUCGUUUUGGCUAAACAGAGAAUCUGUCCCUGCUAGGACUGUCUUUGGAGUAACAACGGUCCUCACCAUGACCACCUUAAGUAUCAGUGCCCGUAACUCUUUGCCAAAAGUGGCCUACGCUACUGCAAUGGACUGGUUUAUAGCUGUUUGCUAUGCCUUUGUAUUUUCUGCAUUGAUUGAAUUUGCAACAGUCAAUUAUUUCACCAAAAGGAGUUGGGCAUGGGAUGGCAAAAAAGCCCAGGAAGCUGCGAAAAUCAAGAAAAAAGAGCGCAACUUGUUGGGAAAUAAAUCAACUAAUACUUACACAACUGGGAAGAUGACGCCUGCACCAAACAUGCCAAAGGACUCAACCCCAUCUGUCAUCUCAAACACUACAUCUGCUCCAGUGAAGUCUGCAGAAGAAAAGCCUGCUGAAAGCAAAAAGACUUACAACAGCAUCAGUAAGAUUGACAAAAUGUCACGGAUAAUUUUUCCAGUGCUGUUUGGAACUUUUAACUUAGUUUACUGGGCUACAUAUUUGAAUAGGGAGCCUGUAAUUAAAGGUGCCAAUUCUCCAAAAUAAACUGAAGUACUCUGAAGCCACAUGUGAGCCAUACUUACAAAGCAGAUGCUACCAAGGAAAAUUUGAGAUCCAGAUGACUUUCUACACAUUUGGGCAAUAUUCUUCAGGAAGUUUUUUGCAUGUUUAAUAAUAUGUACAAAUAAUAUUGCCUUGAUUGUUUCUACAUGUAACCUCAGAUGUUUUGGAGACUAUUAUAUUACUUACAGCAAUUGAUCUUUAUAAAAGAUCAGAAGACAUUGAACAUGGCUUCUUUGCUGCUGAGUAUCUUGCAUUGAUAGUUUACAAAUAAAAUAAGUUAUAUUUUUUAACUGUUCAAGUGUACUACAUAUCGUGGUUUUUAUACUUCAGAUGUACAGUCAUUCAAAUAUAGGCUUAACCUAUAUUUUAUGGAAGAGCUCUACUGUUGUCAUCUGAUAAGUUACUGAGUAACGCCAGUUGUAAAUGUGCCAAAUUAUUAAGUGUAGGGCUAUGUUUGAGCACCUUUACUAGUUACAGGCAGUGCAUUGCUCCACAGAUAAAACUGCUCAGCCCAAUUUUCAUUGGAAAUUAAAAACAAUGCAGUAAAUCCUAAUGGGACUAUGCAGAUUUUCACUGCUUGAGACUCUAGCUUGCACUGAAAUAACAUAGGAAGCAGGAUGCUACUUGUGUAAAUAAAGGUGGUGGAAUCUUGCAUUUAAAUGAAAAAGUUUGUUUGGAUUUUGCAUUCCAAGAAAUUUUCUCUAACAAUUCUCAGUAUUUAUUCCAAAAAUUAAGAGUUAUAUUGCAUGAAAUUAACAUAGAUUAGGAACAUACUUGUGCAAAUAAAACUUUUAACAACAGCAGUAGACAUUUUUAUCAGGGUAAAGUAAAUGAUGUUUGGACAUUUUCCCCAGAAGAAGAUUGUGUUAUAUUAGCAGAGAUUAUGCUGCAGUAAUUAUUACUUGUUUCUCACAGCAAAAACCAGUCAGCCAACACUAAGGGGUGUAAUCAAAAAAAGAGAUGUACUUCAUGACAGCAAGGUGUUUCAGUGAUAAUAUUGACAGAAAGGUCUUUGUACUGUCCAUCUGAAACUUUUCUAUAAAACGCCUUGCUGCUGACCAUGUGUUUUGCUUUCACAAUGAAUGAGAAAAUGCAGUCUGAGUUUUCAGCUCUUUCCUCCUUGGCAUCCUUUAAUUGUUCCAGAAGCUUUUGUAUUUAAAUCUUAAUGUUUAAAUAAAAAAUGCAUUCAACAUUUGAUUG